AUGAUCUGCGGGCGGAGGGCGCGUCCCGGCGCCGAGCAGCCCCGGGCCCCCCCGGACGGGGCCGGUGGCCCCCGGCGAGCCGGCAGAGCCUUCAGGAAGAUGGGGCUGACGGAGGACGAGGACAUCCAGCUGAUGCUGCGGGGCUCGCUGCUGCGCAAGAUCAAGUCGCGGCGGGCGAAGGAGCGGCUGUACCGCCUGCAGGAGGACGGCAUGACCGUCUGGUUCGAGCGGCGCUUCAGGCGCGCCCCCUCCAAGCAGAUCUUCUCCGUGAUGCACAUCGAGGGCGUGCGCCAGGGCCACCAGUCGGAGGGGCUGCGCAAAUACGGCGGCUCCUUCCCCGAGCGGCACUGCUUCACCAUCGUCUUCAAGGGCAAGCGCAAGAACCUCGACCUGGUGGCGCGGGGCGAGGAGGACGCCCAGCACUGGGUGCAGGGGCUCACCAAGCUGAUGGCGCGGCUGCAGGCCAUGAACCAACGGGAGAAGCUCGACCACUGGAUCCACGGCAUCCUGCAGCGAGCCGACAAGAACAAGGACAACAAGAUGUGCUUCCAGGAGGUGAAGAGCAUGCUGCGAAUGAUCAACAUCGACAUGAACGACAUCUACGCCUACAAGCUCUUCAAGGAGUGCGACCGCUCGGGCGACGAGCGGCUGGAGGGCCGGGAGCUGGAGGAGUUCUGCCGGCGGCUGCUGCGGCGGCCGGAGCUGGAGGAGCUCUUCGGGCACUACUCGGGCGAGGACUGCGUGCUGUCGGCCGAGGAGCUGCGCGAGUUCCUGCGUGACCAGGGCGAGGAGGCCACUCUGCGCCAGGCCCGUGCCAUCAUCCACGCUCACGAGCUCAACGAGAAGGCCAGGCAGCAGGACCUGAUGAUGCUGGACGGCUUCAUGAUGUACCUGCUCUCGGCCGCCGGUGACAUCCUCAACCAGGAGCACACCAAGGUGCACCAGGACAUGAGCCAGCCCCUGUGCCACUACUUCAUCUCCUCCUCCCACAACACCUACCUGACCCACAACCAGAUCGGCGGCACCAGCAGCACCGAAGCCUAUGUCAGGGCGCUGAUGACGGGCUGCCGCUGCGUGGAGCUGGACUGCUGGGAAGGUGCCGACGGGGAGCCCGUCAUCUACCACGGCCACACGCUCACCUCCAAAAUCCUCUUCCGCGAUGUCAUCGAGAGCAUCCGCGACUACGCCUUCAAGCAAUCGCCCUACCCUGUCAUCCUCUCGCUGGAGAACCACUGCGGGCUGGAGCAGCAGGCCACCAUGGCCCGGCACAUGAAGGCCAUCCUCGGGGACAUGCUGCUGACACAGCCGCUGGACGGGCAGGACCCCGACAACCUCCCAGUCCCCGGAGGUGAGCAGCUGAAGGGGAAGGUUCUGGUGAAGGGCAAGAAGCUGCCAGAGCCGUGGGGUGAGCCCCAGGGUGUCACCGCCAUCCCCAACCCCGAGGAAGAGGAAGAAGAGGAGGAGAAGAAAGAAGAGGAGGAGGAGGAGGAAGUGGAGGAAGAAGAGGAGGAGGAGAGGCUGCGGGAGAGAAGCAGCCAGCGGGCGCUGCAGGAGAUCCAACCGCUGCAGGCCAAGGACGCUUCGCAGGUGGCCCCAGAGCUGUCAGCGGUGGUGGUGUACUGCCAGGCCGUGCCCUUCCCUGGCCUGGCCCAGGCCCUGCAACACCCCCGGCCCUGCGAGAUGUCCUCCUUCAGCGAGAGGAAGGCCCGGAGGCUCAUCAAGGAGGCGGGCCCGGCGUUCGUGCGCUACAACGCCCGGCAGCUCAGCCGCGUCUACCCGCUGGGGCUGAAGAUGAACUCCUCCAACUACAACCCCCAGGAGAUGUGGAAUGCCGGCUGCCAGCUGGUGGCCCUCAACUUCCAGACGCCGGGCUACGAGAUGGACCUGAACGCUGGGCGCUUCCUGGGCAAUGGGUGCUGUGGCUACGUGCUGAAGCCCCCCUUCCUGCGCAGCCCCCACAUCGAGGGCCCCUGCUGCCUCGUGCUGCACAUCAGGGUCAUCACGGCCCAGCAGCUGCCCAAGCUGAACCAGGAGAAGCGCAGCUCCAUCGUGGACCCCUUCGUGCGGGUGGAGAUCCACGGCGUGCCGGCCGACUGCAGCAAGCAGCAAACCGGCUACAGGAGCAACAACGGCUUCAACCCGCGCUGGGAGGAGACGCUGACCUUCCAGCUGCAGGCACCCGAGCUGGCGCUGGUGCGCUUCGUGGUGGAGGACCACGACAGCACCUCCUGCAACGACUUCGUGGGGCAGUUCACCCUGCCCCUGGCCAGCAUGCGGGAAGGGUAUCGCCACAUCCACCUGCUCUCCAAGGAUGGGGCGUCCCUGUCCCCCGCCACGCUCUUCGUGCACGUUAAAUGUAAGCGCCUGUGAGGUCCCCGUGGCUGCGGCGGGGGGGACGCCGCGUCCCCGGCCCGUGCCGCACGUGGGGUCAACGUGCCCCUGCGUGGGGCUGGGCACUCGCCCGCGCCGUGGAUGCCCCACUCCCUGCACGGGGCGCAGGGACGGGCUGGGGACACCGCUCGCUCGUGUCGGGGACAGGGUGCCAGCUGGCCACGGUGACAGCAGGGCGGGUUGGGGGUCCCUGCGGGAUUAGGGGACCCUAUCUGUGUCCCACGGUGCCACCCCAUCUGCACACCCUGCUCUUCCCCUCUCUGGCUGUGACCACAUGGGGACAGGGACACUGUGACAGCCAGGACAGGGUGGCCAGGCCACCACCAGCCCAGCACAGCUCUGGGGGCACGAUGAGUGACAGCAACCCCCCCACAAACAUCACCAGCCGCAGCCAUGCUUGAUCCUGGCCCCUUGGGCUGCAGGGGUGGUGACUGCCACCACAAGGUCCCCAAGGGGACCCUGCCACUGCCACCACAGCCAUGGUAUCGAACCUCCACUUGGCUCAGCGCAGAACGCAGGGCCGGCCGCAUUCAGACCUGUGCUCGAGUACUGGCGAUGGUCAAAGAUCUAUACCCGGCUGUCAAGCGAGUCGAAUAAAGGUUUAUUGUAACAGA